CUGUCAUGCCACUACACAGUAGUCCUCUCUAAUAAAUAAUAGUCACUCGUUCACUCGUUGCUCUCUCCCUCGUUCUCUCGCUGAGCGUCUGUACAUAUUCCAACAGUGUCGCAUUUGUGUUUCACGGUCCGGACACUAUCUGACUCGCUAUCGGUGUUUCUAACAGAAUACUUUUAAUAACCGUCGUUCGCACAUUCUUAUUGAAUUUCAGCAUUACACCUGGCAUCGACAUCGACGCCGACAUCCUUCCAAGUGGGAUCAUUGGUCCUUCUGUAUCCGCGGAUAUCGCAUUGUUGACACUGUCGAUCGUGAUUUUCAAGACGAUCAAUAUGCGCUUCUUUGUGUUUUUCAGUGUGCUGUGCAUGCUGUUGGGGCUGGUUGCUAGCUAUCAGGGGAACGAGGCGCAUGGGCUUGCAAGACGAGAUGAUACUACGGCUGCCGAAUCAGCAACCACCGGCGACGUUGCCUCUACUACCGAAGCCCCUGCGACUGCGACCGAUUCAGACACUGCCUCUGCUACCGAUGCUACCGGGUCCGCUACCAAUUCCGCGAGUGAAAGCGAUGCGACCACCGGCACAAACACAAACACAAACACCCACACCGCAACAGGAACAGGAACCGCCUCCAACAGCACCUCCAUCGACCCCCGCAUGGGCGCCGGCGGCAUCUCCAUGCUAACCCCCACCCAAGGCGCAACCUCCUACUACAAAAUCGGCGAAAAAGUGACCUUCGUAUGGAACUACACCUCCCUCGCCGUGACCCCCUCCGCCAUCAACGUCGUCGCCUCCUGCAGCUUGAACGACGCAACCUACACAAUCUCAAACAACAUGAGCGUCGCGGAGACGGGCAAGGUCACUUGGGACACGGGCAAGUACCAGGCGAAUGCGACAGUGCCGUUGCUCACGGCGACGUAUACGUUGGUUGUUUAUGAUGCGGAUGGGGACAUUGGGGAUACGGCUAGUGCGGGGAGGUUGGGGAGUCAGAGUCAGUUUAACUUUGGGAUGUAUGUGCCGCAGGCUUAUACGCCUUUGAAUGAAUACAAAUGCGCGACAUGCAACGGCGCCCUCCCUGAACUCGAUGGCCAUGCCGUGAGAUUCGCUAUGGGCAUGGUUGCUCUUACGGUUCUCAGUUUUACGUGGUUUGCUGGUGGAUAUGGUGUUUUUGCUGUUUGACGUUUUUCAAUUUAUGGUGAUGGCACGGCGUUGUAAAUGAUGUUAUGGAUUUGCAUGGUACAUAUAAGUUCAGUUAGUACAGCAGCGUUAAUGGCAUAUAGCAACUUGGUUUAGAAUUAUGGGCUUGGAUGAUAGAAUUUACCGGCCGUACGUGCGAGUAUGGAGAACCCUGUCUUAUGCACAUGCUGCACAGAACCGCCA